GACAGACGCUGGUUGGACCGAGAUUAUGGCAGUUUUUCUUGGCUGUUUCGUAUCCCCCUCUACCGUACAAUGGCGGAAUGACAAAUGAAGCCAUUGAGGUGGUUUCUCUCCCAUAUUGAGCAGGAUUUCCCCAUUCUGCACUGUGUGAUGAGUGUCUCAUUAUGUGGCCGAAGACGAACUAUAAUUGGACCGAAGUUAUGGCAGUUUUUCUUGGUUGUUUGGUAUGUGCCUCGACUGUACAAUGGCGGGAUGAAGAAUGAAGUCAUUGAGGCGGUUUCUCCCUCAUUUUGAGCAGGAACUGUUCCCAUUCUUCGCUGUGACGAAAUGUGUCCAUUUUGUGGUUCACAACAAACGCUAUUGAACCGAGGUUAUGGCAGUUUUUGCAGCACUAGACUGGUUCCCAAACCAUUGCCCACUGAUCUAUAAAUGUUGUAAUUGCAGGUUACCAGACGUGUAGCUAGCUGCUGCAUGCACACAACAUCCAAAACACCGCGGCAGGUUUUCAAGCAACAAGAUAGGGUAUCCCAGUUCUUGCAACAUCAAGAUGCCACUGCCAGCAGCACUAGCAGCACGACUAAAGAAAAGAGGAAUUAUACAGGACAACACCACCCCACAAGACCCCCAUGAGGAAAUCCUAGCUCAAGACUAUUCGGAUGACGUAUCCUCACAGCAGAAAGCGCCCUCGGGUGGUGAGGAUACAGUGGUGGCCCCAACAGCCGGGGAGAACCUUCCACAGGGCUGGUUUAAGGUCAAAGAUCAUGUGAGUGGUUAUUACUAUUACUGGGAUGCAGACAAAGACUUGGUGUCAUGGCUGUCCCCAGUUGACCCCAAGGCCCAGAUCUCUCUGCCGGCUGCCAAGUUGCAAGAAGUCCAGGACCGCAAGGCCAUGACACAGCCGCAGCCCCAACCCCAGCCCCUACCGCCCGGCACGGAAGUCAGAAGUGCGGACGAAAUAAGGCACGAGAGGCCCACGAUUGGCCAGAUUGGCCCGAUCGGUCCAGUGCGGCCGGGAGCUGAGCCCAAAAGACACGCAGAGAGACCUUCACCCUACCAGAAACCACAACGAGAAGACAGAGAUUCACACAGGCAACGGAGGAAGAAAGACGAUGAGCUUGAUCCCAUGGACCCCAGUGCCUACUCUGACACACCAAGGGGUAACUGGUCCUCCGGUCUUCCCAAGACGAAUGAAGCCAAAACGGGAGUGGACACCACAGCGAACGGACCUUUGUUUCAGAUGCGGCCCUACCCCAACCCAGGUGCAGUCUUACGAGCAAACGCAGGGAAGAACCCAGGAAAUUAAGCUCAUGAAUCAGCCACAGAUAUUUGUCUUUUUGUGUUGUUAUUUAUAUGGCAUACCAGAUGACUGUUCCAUGUGUGAUUCCGAUUCAAAGCUGCAAGGUUAUCAUGAAACAGCCACUGUAUUUUUUGUGAGUCUUUUACCCAUAUAUUUUAGCUAGCCAUAUUUGGCUGUCCAAACAUGAAACAGCUACGGAUAUUCGUCAAGUUUUGUUGUAUGGCAUGCCAGAUGACUGUUUCAUGUAUGUUUCCGAUUCAAAGGUGCAAGAGGUUACCAUGAUAAAGCCAAUGUAUUUUUGUGU